UUUCCUUGAUUGUCUUGAACUCCAGAGCGCCAUCAAUUCACAGAAACCCUUUUGGCGCAAGAGCUACUCUGUUGAUUUGUGACAUCUUCAAGUAGAUAGUCUUCUAGUCUUCCUUGACAAUCACAGAACAUUUCCCUCGGAAUUGCUACAGCACAGAGUUUCGUUGGAGUCCUGUUGGUUUUGUUCGUAAUUGGGUACACUUUGGGGAAAAGGCCCUUACAAUUAAUUACGCACGAGCUUGAUCCGAUCUCUUUUUAACAUUGCAUUCGAACUUCAAUCAACCUAGUCGUCUGCAUAACCCACCUCAAUUUAUUGACAAGCGCUACCAAGAAUCUGACAUUCAUUCCCUCGACAUCUACCUUUUCACAACUGCGCGCCUGUUGCCCUAACACCAACUCGUUUUGAAAGACUACCUCACAUUCCUAAUACACAUCGUCUCACGAUACCUUUCUUCAUCUCAUACCCAAGAUAAUUGAAAACAACCUCGGGCUUACUUGAGUUGAGCGCUGGGACGAUUAAAGUCUUCUUUCCGAUUACAAAUUUUGCACAGCGACAAGUAGCUAUCUUUUUGCCAGCCUUCUUACUCCGGCAUAUAAGAGAGAUCUGAUCGUCAUACUGCCCCAACUCUUUUGAACCGAAACAUACAAUUCGGUCCUCAAAGCGCAGCCUUCAAGCUGAUCGCAAUCAUAUUUGCUUCAAUAUGGCAGCGGUAAUUUCCCCAACGUCGUCGCCGGAAACGUCUCCACCACCAGUUAGUCCUCCCUCAUCGAAUCCUAACCAUCCUUCCCUCCCACCUUUAAAUACUUCCCCAACAACAAAGCGACCGAAUCUGCAACGUCCUACAUCUCAUGCCUCAAAGAAUAGGUUAUCACAAUACUCGAAUUAUUCUGCGCCAUCACGAUCGCGACCUCCCUCACACAUCUUCCCCGUCUUCCACUCUAGUCUCUCUUAUACAACGGUCCGCGAUUUUGCAUACCCUUCACUGCAUCCUAUGCAUUAUGGGGCACCUCCAGAGCCGUCUCAACCUCCAUCCGGCCUCUCAACACCAGCUAGCGAAUCGCAUAAACGACUGUCAGAUCCUCCCACCUCCUGGGAUAGUCGCGGAUCUUGGGGACCUGGUCCGUGGGGUGGUGAUGGAUUCAUGAAAGGGGAACAAUUGGCGCCUAUACACUUUGGUGAUGGUCCUCCAUGGAGCGAAGAUGAGGAUCUGCAAAGUCCGGUUGUAGUCAGUUCACGCCACAGGAAACACAAAUCAUCAGCGGGGGAAUAUGGAGCAAAUUCGCGCGGCAGAGGUAGGGCGCCUAGGGAUGGAGAGCGUAGAACAAGCAUGCUCAGUCAAGAGAACUUUGAGGAUGACGCAGGAUACUUUGCAGGUACUAGUGGUGAGAGUAGCCAAAGAUAUUAUGUCAAUGAAGGAGACGAGGCAGACGGGCCUGGCGGAGAAUACGUUACAUAUCCUUCAGAAUUGGCAAGGCGAUCAAUGUUGGCGCCAUAUAAUGUUCCAGGGCAACGAGAUUCUCAUUUUGCUGGACUUUUACCCAGUCGCUCCUAUACGGACGAGAGUGGUCAAGAUUAUCGGUCAGAGUCUGAUGCUUCCAGUACUGCAUCUUCGCCUGGCAUGGCGAAACUUGAUGAAUCGAGAUACUCCCGCGAUUAUCAAUUUACAAUUGCAUCACCGGAUGAAGAGAUGCAUGGUAAAGCCGUUGCACUGUUUGAUUUUGAACGAGAGAAUGAAAAUGAACUACCGUUGGUGGAGGGACAAGUCAUCUGGGUAUCAUAUCGACAUGGCCAAGGCUGGCUUGUUGCAGAAGAUCCCAAGACACAGGAAAGCGGCUUGGUUCCCGAAGAAUAUGUCCGAUUGCUGAGAGAUAUUCAGGGGGGGCUAAACAGUUUAACGGGACAAGUUGAGCUUGCUAGUCCUGUGGCAGGUGACUCAGGUACUCCCACUCAAGCGGAGCACAAUCAAGCAUUCGGACACAACUCAAGUUCAAGCAAUGGCAGCAAUGGGUAUCAACAACCUGUCGUAUCUACAUUCUCAACAUCUUCCAAAGAUUUACAUCCAUAUCCUCAACAUCUUCUAGGCACCCAGGCUGGCCAAGCUCCACCUCAAGUCAUACAUUAUCAUGGGCAACGAGGUGGUAGUCAAGCCAAUACUCCAACUCUACCCAGCUCACAUGAAGGCCAUAUAGAGAGGCCCAGCAGUCGAGAAGCCAAAAAUGGGAAAUUAGAAGAAUUAUCGAGUAGUAACACGGCGCCCGUGGAUUCCACCCAAGCAGAUUCGGCAACGAAACUCUCUGUGUCAAUCGCAGUCCAAGGCCCCGAAAGUCCUCUCGGCCCUCCUAGUGAUACAGCAUACGAGACACACGAAACCACGGCUCGAUGACCAGACGGAAUUUGCUCAUGACCGAUAUGAAUUAGUAGAUGAGAUGAAACGUGGAUUUUGAUUGGGGUCUUGGGACAAAAUAGUGAUACCAGGUGGAUGAAUGUGUUUGCCAUAUAUGAUACUUUAUUAUAUGAAACGAAUUGAAUUGAAUCGAAUUGAAAGAUGAGUUAUUUAGGAAAGGGAGUGAAUGGAAAACGGUUUCUAAAAUGUCUGUCUCUCCGUCUGCGAUGCAAUUAGUAGGAGCAGGAGCGAAAGGGAAAGGCAAGGCAAGGGAAAGGAAAGGAAAGGAAAGGAAAGGAAAGGAAAGGAGCCGGUUCCGAAUGGGGUUUAUUAAUGAUGCAUUUUUUUUGAUAGGAAAAAAUAUGCUAUAACGUGUUAUGUGUUCCAUGCUCUACGCGUGUGUUAUUUCUGUCUGGCAUGUCACAUUGUCUGUAUUUAUAUAUUGAUUAGAAAAUAUUCUUUCGUGUAUU